GAGUUUAAUAAGCGAGCGAGCGAGAGGGCGAGCGCGCGGGGGCUGGGGGGGCGGAGAGGCAGAGAAUGUCCGCCAUCUACCCUCCGCUCCCGGGCGCGCUCUCAUUCAUAGCAGCCUCUUCAUGAAUUACAGCUGAGGGGGGCGGGGAGGGGGGUACCACACAACACCCCGGCAAACCUCCGGGCCCCCAGGCAUGGCUAGCUCGCCGCCGCCGCCGGGAGCUGCGGGCACAGUCCGGGGAGUCGGCGAGCAGCCUCCGCGCAACGCCGCGGCCGCUACGAUGUGUGCCGUGCAGGUGAAGCUGGAGCUGGGGCACCGCGCCCAGGUGAGGAAAAAACCCACCGUGGAGGGCUUCACUCACGACUGGAUGGUGUUCGUGCGCGGCCCGGAGCACAGUAACAUACAGCACUUUGUGGAGAAAGUCGUCUUCCACUUGCACGAAAGCUUUCCUAGGCCAAAAAGAGUGUGCAAAGAUCCACCUUACAAAGUAGAAGAAUCUGGGUAUGCUGGUUUCAUUUUGCCAAUUGAGGUUUAUUUUAAAAACAAGGAAGAACCUAAGAAAGUCCGCUUUGAUUAUGACUUAUUCCUGCAUCUUGAAGGCCAUCCACCAGUGAAUCAUCUCCGUUGUGAGAAGCUAACUUUCAAUAACCCCACAGAGGACUUCAGAAGAAAGUUGCUGAAGGCAGGAGGGGACCCUAAUAGGAGUAUUCAUACCAGCAGUAGCAGCAGCAGCAGCAGCAGUAGCAGUAGCAGCAGCAGCAGCAGCAGCAGUAGUAGCAGCAGCAGCAGUAGCAGCAGCAGCAGCAGCAGCAGCAGCAGUAGCAGCAGCAGCAGCAGCAGCAGUACCAGUUUUUCAAAGCCUCACAAAUUAAUGAAGGAGCACAAGGAAAAACCUUCUAAAGACUCCAGAGAACAUAAAAGUGCCUUCAAAGAACCUUCCAGGGAUCAUAACAAAUCUUCCAAAGAAUCCUCUAAGAAACCCAAAGAAAAUAAACCACUGAAAGAAGAGAAAAUAGUUCCUAAAAUGGCCUUCAAGGAACCGAAACCCAUGUCAAAAGAGCCAAAACCAGACAGUAACUUACUCACCAUCACCAGUGGACAGCAAGAUAAGAAGGCUCCUAGUAAAAGGCCCCCUAUUUCAGAUUCAGAAGAACUCUCAGCCAAAAAAAGGAAAAAGAGUAGCUCAGAGGCUUUAUUUAAAAGUUUUUCUAGUGCACCACCACUGAUACUCACUUGUUCUGCUGAUAAAAAACAGAUAAAAGAUAAAUCUCAUGUCAAGAUGGGAAAGGUCAAAAUUGAAAGUGAGGUAUCAGAGAAGAAAAAAUCGACUUUACCACCAUUUGAUGAUAUUGUGGAUCCCAAUGAUUCGGACAUGGAGGAGAAUAUGUCCUCUAAAUCUGAUUCCGAGCAACCCAGUCCUGCCAGUUCCAGCUCCAGCUCCAGCUCCAGCUUCACACCGUCCCAGACCAGGCAACAAGGUCCCUUAAGGUCUAUAAUGAAAGAUCUGCAUUCUGAUGACAAUGAGGAGGAAUCGGAUGAGGCAGAGGAUAAUGACAAUGACUCUGAAAUGGAAAGACCUGUAAAUAGAGGAGGCAGCCGAAGCCGCAGAGUUAGCUUGAGUGAUGGCAGUGAUAGUGAAAGCAGUUCUGCUUCUUCACCCCUACAUCAUGAACCUCCACCACCAUUAUUAAAAACCAACAACAACCAGAUUCUUGAAGUGAAAAGUCCAAUAAAGCAAAGCAAAUCAGAUAAGCAAAUAAAGAAUGGUGAAUGCGACAAGGCGUACCUAGAUGAGCUGGUAGAGCUUCACAGAAGGUUAAUGACGCUACGGGAAAGACACAUUCUGCAGCAGAUUGUGAACCUUAUAGAAGAAACUGGACACUUUCAUAUCACAAACACAACAUUUGAUUUUGAUCUUUGCUCACUGGACAAAACCACAGUCCGUAAACUACAGAGUUACCUGGAAACAUCUGGAACAUCCUGAGGAUACAACUGGAUGCAUCAAAAACUAUUGUUUUGGGGUUUUAUUUUUUGGUUGUGAUUUUUUGUUGUUGUUUAUAUGAAAACACUCAGAAUGAUGCAACCAAAAGGGAAAAAAAUAAAAUUCAAACAACUUUCAGCUUUAUUUUUCUUUGAAGCCAGUCAUCAUCUCUUGAUAAAGGAGAGGUCAAGCCAACCAGCCUCAGCGGACCACUCUUCUCUCCAAGGAAAUCCCCGGGAAGAGUUAGCCUGGAUAGCCUUGAAAACAAACAAAGCAAACAAAACACAAGAACACUUAAAGAAUGUGUAUGGUAUCAUGUCUUUCUCUCUCUCUGUGGUGGUUCAUUCCACAGGACGAAUGCAUAUUCAACACACUGCCUUAUUACAUAACUGAUCUAUUUAUUAUCACAUACAGAUAUUCUGAAAUCUUUGAGGGAAUGACACCACCAGACGUUAGAAUACCCGGUCCUGCGGAUGCUCUAUCAAUGCAGCGCCCUUGCCAUCCCAAGCCCAGUGACCUUACUCUAUACCGUGCCACUCUCCGCCAACUUUUUCCAAGUCCUUUAACUUGUUGCAGUCUGUAUCUUCCAUCUUUUGUUUUUCUAGGUCCAGACACAAAUUAUCAACUUGGGGGAGGGAGGACCAAAUAGCCACCUUGAUUUUCUUCUUCGUUGUGGUCUUUUUUGUUUUUUUCCUGAAAGUUGGGGCCCAGUCUUUGGCUGUCUCCAUGUAAUGAUCUCGGACCAUGGUAGAAAAUGCACCAAAUAGGAUCACAUGAAUUGCUGUCUAGCCUUAGUCAAUAAACCUGUAGGACUUUUAAUGAAAGUGUACCUGUAAAUGUCCUGAAUCCAGCAUUGUUCAGCUGUCUCAACAUCCUGGUGUCUGUUUUACUGUUACAAUAUUAGGUAAAAUGGAAGAAAAAGCAUUCCACAGGAUCAUCGUUUUAAAACAAAGGAAUUCCAAUUCUGUUUUCUAAAGAAAAGUAGAAAUUGAUUCAGAUCUAUUUAUUAAUAAGAGUUUCAGAUCUCUGCAGCUGCCAGUGUGGAACCCAUCUUUACCUUAAAACCAGGAAUCAGAGGUUUUUGUUUGUUCAGAUUUGAUUCUGUUAAACUCUUUUGUACUCAAAACAUUAAAAUCUUUGUUUGAGGAUAAUUCUUGGUUUCUCUGCCAUCACAGACUAUGUAUUAACUUGUAGAUUCAGUGGUUCGAUACCUGUUAGUCACUUGCUGAUGUUUCCAUAAGGAUUUCCUGUAUUGGUGAAAGUAAGCUGAUUGAGGAGGGGGAAAUAUUUUUGUUCUUACUGUACCCUUGUUUUCACACUGAAAUCUGUCCUGUGGCAUGCAAUACAAAGCAAAUUAUUUUUAAAAGCAAAAGAUAACCAAAGUACUUUUGGUGUCAUUAUUCUACCCUCUCCACACAAGGAGAAAGGAAAGGAAAAGUCAGAACAGCUCAUCUUCCAAGUUUUUCUAGGAACUCAACUGGAAAGAAAAGAAAUGAAAUACUUCUGGAUCCAAAUGUUCAUCACUGGAUCGGCCUUAAGAAAGUCUGUCUCUCUGUACUAAUUGACCAGCAUCUCUCUCAUGUGUUCCCAUGCCAGAUGCUGGCCUUUUAUUCAGAGAUUAGUGUCUGUACAGAAAAUGGUCCUUCCAGACCCAUUCUUUUGGGUAGUAAUGUAAAUGCAGAUUGCUAAUGAAGUGAUUUCUGCAUUUUAAAAAAGGGGAUUUUUUACACUGUUUCUUUCUAUUCAAAGAAACUAUUUUUUUCCUUUAAAAGAUUAUAAUACAGCCAUGCUCCUUGUAAAUUACUUCUCUGAAGUGUCCUCCCAGAGGACAAGUGUACAUUUUCAAGAAUGUUAUGAUUCUUUAUGAUGAUUGGCAUGAACCGUACUUGAAACACUUGUUGUAUAGUCAAUUUCUUAAUGUGCAAUUACAGAGAUACUUUCCUUUAUUUUGGACAUCAGGUGACUGAUGAAUUGUGUGGUUUUAGUUGUGUUUUGAUUUUCAACUUUACAGGUGAAAGGGGAAGGCACUGUUUGUAUGAAAAUGUUUGCAAAAUUCAAACCUCAUUUAAAUUUUCUAAUUGCUAAUCCACAUAUUCUUAUUAAACCAGAAAUUUAUGUGGUUUAACUAAUAUAUCUCUGUAGUUUAACUAGAAUCAUGUAUAUGUAGUUGGGCUAUUUUUAUUUUUGUAACUAAAUUGUAUGGCAAACCUAUGAUUUGGAAUUAAGAAUUAUUAUUUUGUUCCCUAAAUUACUAACCAAGAAACCAAGUCAGGUAUGAAAUGUCCCUUCCCCAACCCCCAAAAAAAGAAAAGCAAAAAACAGAAGGGCAGCUACUACAAUGAUAAACUUUAGACAUGAAAAUUUUACAGUAAUGCAAAGGUCUUCAGAAUACCGUAAGAUCUGGAGGUUGAUAUCAAAAUUGAGAAAAACUUCCCAAUCUAUUUCCCACCCAGCUAGUAAAAUUAAUUUCCCAUAAAAUUCUGAUAGCAUAAAAGUCAUGUUGGUGUUUUUGAUGCAGUGAUACCCUGUCUCUUGCCAUCUAAUCUUUAAAUACACAGGUAAUAAACCCCCCUUCAAUUAAUCUCAAGGAGUUAUAAUAUUUCUUUUAAAAGUACCCUCCUCAGUUCUGCCACAUUUGUGUACACUCAGCUUUGAAACCUGUUAAGAAUUCUUUUUUUUUUUUUUUUUUUUUACACAUAUACACUGACAGUGGCUUUGGUUUUUUUAAGCACAAAGGGGAAAUGGCAGGGUUUAAUUUCUUUGGUGUGUGUGUAUAUAUAUAUAAAUAGGUGUUUCAAAUAAAAUUAAUUGAGUGAAUGUGAAUAUGGUUUGAACCAGCCAGAGUAUGAUAAACUGUCUAAAUUUCUCCCAUGUGAUUUGAGGGGGAAAAUAUAUGUAUAGAGCUCCCCUUGCCUUAUAAUUAGCUUUUGCAUCAGUUUUGCAGCAGGAUACAUUUGAAAGGGAAUCCUAGUUUAGGAUAUACCAGUCAUUAGCAACAAAAAUGUUUGCAGCUAUUUCAUACCUUCACCACGAUCUGCCCCUUGUUAGGUAGACAAAUAUAUCUGUCCAUCGGUGUUUGCAUAUUUCACAGUAAGCAAGAACAUAAAAACUGGAUCAGGAGACAACUUUAGGAAAAAAACUUCAUAAGAGAAUGUCAUAAACAUUUAAAAAUUGCUGAGCAAAUCUCUGAAUAAUGACAUAAUUUUGUGUGGAAGGGGCCAAUAAAAUUGGUUUUCAUCCAUUAAAAUGUUUUCCACAAAAAAAAUUUUUGCUGAUAUCUUUUACAAACCCACCUAAUUGUUUAAAAUAACUUAAGCCUAUAUAACACCCCAUUUACGAUUUUAAGCCCCACAAGUGUAGUUAACAUACUUGUUUAAGUGAGACUUCACUCUUUCAUGUUUUAACUCUACCUAUUUAAUGGAGUUGGAUGUUCAGUGUUGGAAAUGGUCAAUGUCCGUGUUGGUGGCUUGUGUUUAUUUUUCUCACUGUGGAAAUGAUCAACUCUGGAGUAAUUUGCUGUAUGCUUAUUACUUUCCACCUUUAGUUUUUUGUGUACUAAUGCUAUGUACUGCUCCUAUAUUUAUAUAUAUCUAUAUAUACAGAAACAUAUAUAUUAUCAAAGUACUCUUGCUUUGGACUGUUGUUCUAAAACUUUGACUAUGAUGUAGAGACUACUACAGCUGCAGUGAAUGUUGAGGUGUCAGUUCCCGUGAUUUAGGUUAGUCUUGGGCUGAAAGUCUACAUCUUUUGACCUCUUCUGUUUUAUAUGAUGCUUUUUAUUAUGUAGGCACUGCCACCCCUGAAUAUUCCUUGUAAAGAUGCAUUGAAGAAGUCGAUUCAAAAGGAAGACAAAGCCACCAUUGUCUGUAAACUGUAAAUAUGUAUUUUGGCACUUGUACUCCAGUAUUCUGAAAACAGAGUAAUGAUGGAAAUGCUGACAGACCCUUAAUGGUGGCCAGCGCUACCAUGCAGUGCGAAAAUAAAUUAAGUAAAAAUGUAUUCUCGA